UGCAAGACAUUAACGGUGACUUUAGGCUAUUCAAAGCCAGUCUUGAGAACUUGCCUGAUAUGUUCUUGCUGCUGACUGCAUUUUUUCCUGUUUUCCUUUCACAGGAGACAUUGGAUUCAACCUGUAGGAAAAACCCAUGCUUUGUGAAAUUCAGAGAGAUGGAAGAAACAGCAAACAUUCAAGCUGAAAUCAAUGAGACAAAACUGAAAACUGAAAUCCUGCAGCUGGAGGAGGAGACAGCAGACAUUACUCACCCUUUUCACUUGGGCAAAAAAUGCGAGAUUUUGGAAGAUAUGAACAGACACUUGGAAGCUGUACUGGAAAAGAAGAGGGCUCUUAGAAGGAGGUUGAUAAAUCCCAGGUGUCAAGAGAGCCUGCCUAUUGAGGCUACUUUCCACAGGGAUGUGGUAGAGUUGUUGGCUGAGGCUGUGACUUUCAUUGAGAAGCUUGAAAGCCAUUUGCAGACUGUCCGAAGCAUCCCCGAGAUACCCAACACUGUGAGGGAUAUGAACACUGCUUUGGCAAAAACAGAGGUGCUCGUGAUAGAGUUGGAGGAGCUGGCAGACCGAAUAGUGAAGUGGAGAGAAGUGCAAAAAGAGGUGUAUUCCCACAGCGUCUGCCACACCACGGACUGGGACUUCGGCUUCUCUUUCACCUAG